AUGCAGCCAAUUUUUCAGUUCGCAUCGCAGCUAUUCAGCAUCGCAGCCCGCUUCGCAUCGCAGCUAUUCAGCAACGCAGCUAUUCAGCAACGCAGCCAAUUUUUUCAGUUCGCAUCGCAGCUAUUCAGCAACGCAGCCUAUUUUUCAGUUCGCAUCGCAGCUAUUCAGCAACGCAGCCAAUUUUUCAGUUCGCAUCGCAGCUAUUCAGCAUCGCAGCCCGCUUCGCAUCGCAGCUAUUCAGCAACGCAGCCCGCUCCGCAUCGCAGCUAUUCAGCAACGCAGCCAAUUUUUUCAGUUCGCAUCGCAGCUAUUCAGCAACGCAGCCUAUUUUUCAGUUCGCAUCGCAGCUAUUCAGCAUCGCAGCCCGCUUCGCAUCGCAGCUAUUCAGCAUCGCAGCCCGCUUCGCAUCGCAGCUAUUCAGCAUCGCAGCCCGCUUCAGCAUCGCAGCUAUUCAGCAUCAUUUUCAGUUCGCAUCGCAGCUAUUCAGCAUCGCAGCCCGCUUCGCAUCGCAGCUAUUCAGCAUCGCAGCCUAUUUUUUCAGUUCGCAUCGCAGCUAUUCAGCAAUCGCAGCCGCUUCGCAUCGCAGCUAUUCAGCAUCGCAGCCCGCUUCGCAUCGCAGCUAUUUCAGCAUCGCAGCCAAUUUUUCAGUUCGCAUCGCAGCUAUUCAGCAUCGCAGCCAAUUUUCAGUUCGCAUCGCAGCUAUUCAGCAUCGCAGCCCGCUUCGCAUCGCAGCUAUUCAGCAUCGCAGCCCGCUUCGCAUCGCAGCUAUUCAGCAUCGCAGCCUAUUUUUUCAGCUUCGCAUCGCAGCUAUUCAGCAUCGCAGCCGCUUCGCAUCGCAGCUAUUCAGCAACGCAGCCCGCUUCGCAUCGCAGCUAUUCAGCAUCGCAGCCCGCUUCGCAUCGCAGCUAUUCAGCAUCGCAGCCCGCUUCGCAUCGCAGCUAUUCAGCAUCGCAGCCUAUUUUUUCAGUUCGCAUCGCAGCUAUUCAGCAACGCAGCCCGCUUCGCAUCGCAGCUAUUCAGCAACGCAGCCAUUUUUCAGUUCGCAUCGCAGCUAUUCAGCAACGCAGCCUAUUUUUUCAGUUCGCAUCGCAGCUAUUCAGCAAUCGCAGCCCGCUUCGCAUCGCAGCUAUUCAGCAACGCAGCCCAGUUCGCAUCGCAGCUGUUCAGCAACGCAGCCUAUUUUUCAGUUCGCAUCGCAGCUGUUCAGCAUCGCAGCCCGCUUCGCAUCGCAGCUAUUCAGCAACGCAUUCGCAUCGCAGCUAUUCCCGCAUCGCAGCUAUUCAGCAGCACGCAGCCAAUUUUUCAGUUCGCAUCGCAGCUAUUCAGCAUCGCAGCCCGCUUCGCAUCGCAGCUAUUCAGCAAUGCAGCCAAUUUUUCAGUUCGCAUCGCAGCUAUUCAGCAUCGCAGCCCGCUUCGCAUCGCAGCUAUUCAGCAACGCAGCCCGCAGCUAUUCAGCAACGCAGCCAAUUUUUCAGUUCGCAUCGCAGCUAUUCAGCAACGCAGCCUAUUUUUCAGUUCGCAUCGCAGCUAUUCAGCAAUGCAGCCAAUUUUUCAGUUCGCAUCGCAGCUAUUUCAGCAUCGCAGCCCGCUUCGCAUCGCAGCUAUUCAGCAACGCAGCCCGCUCCGCAUCGCAGCUAUUCAGCAACGCAGCCAAUUUUUCAGUUCGCAUCGCAGCUAUUCAGCAACGCAGCCUAUUUUUCAGUUCGCAUCGCAGCAUUUCAACAUCGCAGCCAAUUUUUCAGUUCGCAUCGCAGCUAUUCAGCAACGCAGCCUAUUUUUCAGUUCGCAUCGCAGCUAUUCCAGCAACGCAGCCAAUUUUUCAGUUCGCAUCGCAGCUAUUCAGCAUCGCAGCCCGCUUCGCAUCGCAGCUAUUCAGCAACGCAGCCAAUUUUUCAGUUCGCAUCGCAGCUAUUCAGCAACGCAGCCAAUUUUUCAGUUCGCAUCGCAGCUAUUCAGCAACGCAGCCCGCUUCGCAUCGCAGCUAUUCAGCAACGCAGCCUAUUUUUCAGUUCGCAUCGCAGCUAUUCAGCAACGCAGCCAAUUUUUCAGUUCGCAUCGCAGCUAUUCAGCAUCGCAGCCCGCUUCGCAUCGCAGCUAUUCAGCAACGCAGCCCGCUUCGCAUCGCAGCUAUUCAGCAACGCAGCCAAUUUUUCAGUUCGCAUCGCAGCUAUUCAGCAACGCAGCCCGCUUCGCAUCGCAGCUAUUCAGCAACGCAGCCUAUUUUUUCAGUUCGCAUCGCAGCUAUUCAGCAACGCAGCCCGCUUCGCAUCGCAGCUAUUCAGCAACGCAGCCAAUUUUUCAGUUCGCAUCGCAGCUAUUCAGCAUCGCAGCCCGCUUCGCAUCGCAGCUAUUCAGCAACGCAGCCCGCUUCGCAUCGCAGCUAUUCAGCAACGCAGCCAAUUUUUCAGUUCGCAUCGCAGCUAUUCAGCAACGCAGCCAAUUUUUCAGUUCGCAUCGCAGCUAUUCAGCAACGCAGCCCGCUUCGCAUCGCAGCUAUUCAGCAACGCAGCCCGCUUCGCAUCGCAGCUAUUCAGCAACGCAGCCUAUUUUUCAGUUCGCAUCGCAGCUAUUCAGCAACGCAGCCCGCUUCGCAUCGCAGCUAUUCAGCAACGCAGCCAAUUUUUCAGUUCGCAUCGCAGCUAUUCAGCAUCGCAGCCCGCUUCGCAUCGCAGCUAUUCAGCAACGCAGCCCGCUUCGCAUCGCAGCUAUUCAGCAACGCAGCCAAUUUUUCAGUUCGCAUCGCAGCUAUUCAGCAUCGCAGCCCGCUUCGCAUCGCAGCUAUUCAGCAACGCAGCCCGCUCCGCAUCGCAGCUAUUCAGCAACGCAGCCAAUUUUUCAGUUCGCAUCGCAGCUAUUCAGCAACGCAGCCUAUUUUUCAGUUCGCAUCGCAGCAUUUCAACAUCGCAGCCAAUUUUUCAGUUCGCAUCGCAGCUAUUCAGCAACGCAGCCUAUUUUUUCAGUUCGCAUCGCAGCUAUUCAGCAACGCAGCCAAUUUUUCAGUUCGCAUCGCAGCUAUUCAGCAUCGCAGCCCGCUUCGCAUCGCAGCUAUUCAGCAACGCAGCCCGCUCCGCAUCGCAGCUAUUCAGCAACGCAGCCAAUUUUUCAGUUCGCAUCGCAGCUAUUCAGCAACGCAGCCAAUUUUUCAGUUCGCAUCGCAGCUAUUCAGCAACGCAGCCCGCUUCGCAUCGCAGCUAUUCAGCAACGCAGCCAAUUUUUCAGUUCGCAUCGCAGCUAUUCAGCAACGCAGCCAAUUUUUCAGUUCGCAUCGCAGCUAUUCAGCAUCGCAGCCCGCUUCGCAUCGCAGCUAUUCAGCAACGCAGCCCGCUUCGCAUCGCAGCUAUUCAGCAACGCAGCCAAUUUUUCAGUUCGCAUCGCAGCUAUUCAGCAUCGCAGCCCGCUUCGCAUCGCAGCUAUUCAGCAACGCAGCCUAUUUUUUCAGUUCGCAUCGCAGCUAUUCAGCAACGCAGCCCGCUUCGCAUCGCAGCUAUUCAGCAACGCAGCCAAUUUUUUCAGUUCGCAUCGCAGCUAUUCAGCAUCGCAGCCCGCUUCGCAUCGCAGCUAUUCAGCAACGCAGCCCGCUUCGCAUCGCAGCUAUUCAGCAACGCAGCCAAUUUUUCAGUUCGCAUCGCAGCUAUUCAGCAACGCAGCCAAUUUUUCAGUUCGCAUCGCAGCUAUUCAGCAACGCAGCCCGCUUCGCAUCGCAGCUAUUCAGCAACGCAGCCCGCUUCGCAUCGCAGCUAUUCAGCAACGCAGCCUAUUUUUUCAGUUCGCAUCGCAGCUAUUCAGCAACGCAGCCCGCUUCGCAUCGCAGCUAUUCAGCAACGCAGCCAAUUUUUCAGUUCGCAUCGCAGCUAUUCAGCAUCGCAGCCCGCUUCGCAUCGCAGCUAUUCAGCAACGCAGCCCGCUCCGCAUCGCAGCUAUUCAGCAACGCAGCCAAUUUUUCAGUUCGCAUCGCAGCUAUUCAGCAUCGCAGCCCGCUUCGCAUCGCAGCUAUUCAGCAACGCAGCCCGCUCCGCAUCGCAGCUAUUCAGCAACGCAGCCAAUUUUUUCAGUUCGCAUCGCAGCUAUUCCAGCAACGCAGCCAAUUUUUCAGUUCGCAUCGCAGCUAUUCAGCAACGCAGCCCGCUUCGCAUCGCAGCUAUUCAGCAACGCAGCCAAUUUUUCAGUUCGCAUCGCAGCUAUUCAGCAACGCAGCCAAUUUUUCAGUUCGCAUCGCAGCUAUUCAGCAUCGCAGCCCGCUUCGCAUCGCAGCUAUUCAGCAACGCAGCCAAUUUUUCAGUUCGCAUCGCAGCUAUUCAGCAACGCAGCCAAUUUUUCAGUUCGCAUCGCAGCUAUUCAGCAACGCAGCCCGCUUCGCAUCGCAGCUAUUCAGCAACGCAGCCCGCUUCGCAUCGCAGCUAUUCAGCAACGCAGCCUAUUUUUCAGUUCGCAUCGCAGCUAUUCAGCAUCGCAGCCCGCUUCGCAUCGCAGCUAUUCAGCAACGCAGCCCGCUCCGCAUCGCAGCUAUUCAGCAACGCAGCCAAUUUUUCAGUUCGCAUCGCAGCUAUUCAGCAACGCAGCCAAUUUUUCAGUUCGCAUCGCAGCUAUUCAGCAUCGCAGCCCGCUUCGCAUCGCAGCUAUUCAGCAACGCAGCCCGCUCCGCAUCGCAGCUAUUCAGCAACGCAGCCAAUUUUUCAGUUCGCAUCGCAGCUAUUCAGCAACGCAGCCAAUUUUUCAGUUCGCAUCGCAGCUAUUCAGCAUCGCAGCCCGCUUCGCAUCGCAGCUAUUCAGCAACGCAGCCCGCUUCGCAUCGCAGCUAUUCAGCAACGCAGACAAUUUUUCAGUUCGCAUCGCAGCUAUUCAGCAUCGCAGCCCGCUUCGCAUCGCAGCUAUUCAGCAACGCAGCCUAUUUUUCAGUUCGCAUCGCAGCUAUUCAGCAACGCAGCCCGCUUCGCAUCGCAGCUAUUCAGCAACGCAGCCAAUUUUUCAGUUCGCAUCGCAGCUAUUCAGCAUCGCAGCCCGCUUCGCAUCGCAGCUAUUCAGCAACGCAGCCCGCUUCGCAUCGCAGCUAUUCAGCAACGCAGCCAAUUUUUCAGUUCGCAUCGCAGCUAUUCAGCAACGCAGCCAAUUUUUCAGUUCGCAUCGCAGCUAUUCAGCAACGCAGCCCGCUUCGCAUCGCAGCUAUUCAGCAACGCAGCCCGCUUCGCAUCGCAGCUAUUCAGCAACGCAGCCUAUUUUUCAGUUCGCAUCGCAGCUAUUCAGCAACGCAGCCCGCUUCGCAUCGCAGCUAUUCAGCAACGCAGCCAAUUUUUCAGUUCGCAUCGCAGCUAUUCAGCAUUGCAGCCCGCUUCGCAUCGCAGCUAUUCAGCAACGCAGCCCGCUCCGCAUCGCAGCUAUUCCAGCAACGCAGCCAAUUUUUCAGUUCGCAUCGCAGCUAUUCAGCAACGCAGCCAAUUUUUCAGUUCGCAUCGCAGCUAUUCAGCAUCGCAGCCCGCUUCGCAUCGCAGCUAUUCAGCAACGCAGCCCGCUUCGCAUCGCAGCUAUUCAGCAACGCAGCCCGCUCCGCAUCGCAGCUAUUCAGCAACGCAGCCAAUUUUUCAGUUCGCAUCGCAGCUAUUCAGCAACGCAGCCAAUUUUUCAGUUCGCAUCGCAGCUAUUCAGCAUCGCAGCCCGCUUCGCAUCGCAGCUAUUCAGCAACGCAGCCAAUUUUUCAGUUCGCAUCGCAGCUAUUCAGCAACGCAGCCAAUUUUUCAGUUCGCAUCGCAGCUAUUCAGCAUCGCAGCCCGCUUCGCAUCGCAGCUAUUCAGCAACGCAGCCAAUUUUUUCAGUUCGCAUCGCAGCUAUUCAGCAACGCAGCCAAUUUUUCAGUUCGCAUCGCAGCUAUUCAGCAACGCAGCCCGCUUCGCAUCGCAGCUAUUCAGCAACGCAGCCCGCUUCGCAUCGCAGCUAUUCAGCAACGCAGCCUAUUUUUCAGUUCGCAUCGCAGCUAUUCAGCAACGCAGCCCGCUUCGCAUCGCAGCUAUUCAGCAACGCAGCCAAUUUUUCAGUUCGCAUCGCAGCUAUUCAGCAUCGCAGCCCGCUUCGCAUCGCAGCUAUUCAGCAACGCAGCCCGCUCCGCAUCGCAGCUAUUCAGCAACGCAGCCAAUUUUUCAGUUCGCAUCGCAGCUAUUCAGCAACGCAGCCAAUUUUUCAGUUCGCAUCGCAGCUAUUCAGCAACGCAGCCCGCUUCGCAUCGCAGCUAUUCAGCAACGCAGCCUAUUUUUUCAGUUCGCAUCGCAGCUAUUCAGCAACGCAGCCCGCUUCGCAUCGCAGCUAUUCAGCAACGCAGCCAAUUUUUCAGUUCGCAUCGCAGCUAUUCAGCAUCGCAGCCCGCUUCGCAUCGCAGCUAUUCAGCAACGCAGCCUAUUUUUUCAGUUCGCAUCGCAGCUAUUCAGCAACGCAGCCAAUUUUUUCAGUUCGCAUCGCAGCUAUUCAGCAUCGCAGCCCGCUUCGCAUCGCAGCUAUUCAGCAACGCAGCCCGCUCCGCAUCGCAGCUAUUCAGCAACGCAGCCAAUUUUUCAGUUCGCAUCGCAGCUAUUCAGCAACGCAGCCAAUUUUUCAGUUCGCAUCGCAGCUAUUCAGCAUCGCAGCCCGCUUCGCAUCGCAGCUAUUCAGCAACGCAGCCUAUUUUUCAGUUCGCAUCGCAGCUAUUCAGCAACGCAGCCCGCUUCGCAUCGCAGCUAUUCAGCAACGCAGCCAAUUUUUCAGUUCGCAUCGCAGCUAUUCAGCAUCGCAGCCCGCUUCGCAUCGCAGCUAUUCAGCAACGCAGCCCGCUCCGCAUCGCAGCUAUUCAGCAACGCAGCCAAUUUUUCAGUUCGCAUCGCAGCUAUUCCAGCAACGCAGCCAAUUUUUCAGUUCGCAUCGCAGCUAUUCCAGCAACGCAGCCCGCUUCGCAUCGCAGCUAUUCAGCAACGCAGCCAAUUUUUCAGUUCGCAUCGCAGCUAUUCAGCAACGCAGCCAAUUUUUUCAGUUCGCAUCGCAGCUAUUCAGCAUCGCAGCCCGCUUCGCAUCGCAGCUAUUCAGCAACGCAGCCCGCUUCGCAUCGCAGCUAUUCAGCAACGCAGCCAAUUUUUCAGUUCGCAUCGCAGCUAUUCAGCAUCGCAGCCCGCUUCGCAUCGCAGCUAUUCAGCAACGCAGCCUAUUUUUCAGUUCGCAUCGCAGCUAUUCAGCAACGCAGCCCGCUUCGCAUCGCAGCUAUUCAGCAACGCAGCCAAUUUUUCAGUUCGCAUCGCAGCUAUUCAGCAACGCAGCCAAUUUUUCAGUUCGCAUCGCAGCUAUUCAGCAUCGCAGCCCGCUUCGCAUCGCAGCUAUUCAGCAACGCAGCCCGCUCCGCAUCGCAGCUAUUCAGCAACGCAGCCAAUUUUUCAGUUCGCAUCGCAGCUAUUCAGCAACGCAGCCUAUUUUUCAGUUCGCAUCGCAGCUAUUCAGCAAUGCAGCCAAUUUUUCAGUUCGCAUCGCAGCUAUUCAGCAUCGCAGCCCGCUUCGCAUCGCAGCUAUUCAGCAACGCAGCCCGCUCCGCAUCGCAGCUAUUCAGCAACGCAGCCAAUUUUUCAGUUCGCAUCGCAGCUAUUCAGCAACGCAGCCUAUUUUUUCAGUUCGCAUCGCAGCUAUUCAGCAAUGCAGCCAAUUUUUCAGUUCGCAUCGCAGCUAUUCAGCAACGCAGCCCGCUCCGCAUCGCAGCUAUUCAGCAACGCAGCCAAUUUUUCAGUUCGCAUCGCAGCUAUUCAGCAACGCAGCCUAUUUUUUCAGUUCGCAUCGCAGCUAUUCAGCAAUGCAGCCAAUUUUUCAGUUCGCAUCGCAGCUAUUCAGCAACGCAGCCUAUUUUUCAGUUCGCAUCGCAGCUAUUCAGCAAUGCAGCCAAUUUUUCAGUUCGCAUCGCAGCUAUUCAGCAUCGCAGCCCGCUUCGCAUCGCAGCUAUUCAGCAACGCAGCCCGCUCCGCAUCGCAGCUAUUCAGCAACGCAGCCAAUUUUUUCAGUUCGCAUCGCAGCUAUUCAGCAAUGCAGCCAAUUUUUCAGUUCGCAUCGCAGCUAUUCAGCAAUGCAGCCAAUUUUUCAGUUCGCAUCGCAGCUAUUCAGCAUCGCAGCCCGCUUCGCAUCGCAGCUAUUCAGCAACGCAGCCCGCUCCGCAUCGCAGCUAUUCAGCAACGCAGCCAAUUUUUCAGUUCGCAUCGCAGCUAUUCAGCAACGCAGCCUAUUUUUCAGUUCGCAUCGCAGCAUUUCAACAUCGCAGCCAAUUUUUCAGUUCGCAUCGCAGCUAUUCAGCAACGCAGCCUAUUUUUCAGUUCGCAUCGCAGCUAUUCAGCAACGCAGCCAAUUUUUUCAGUUCGCAUCGCAGCUAUUCAGCAUCGCAGCCCGCUUCGCAUCGCAGCUAUUCAGCAACGCAGCCCGCUCCGCAUCGCAGCUAUUCAGCAACGCAGCCAAUUUUUCAGUUCGCAUCGCAGCUAUUCAGCAACGCAGCCAAUUUUUUCAGUUCGCAUCGCAGCUAUUCAGCAACGCAGCCCGCUUCGCAUCGCAGCUAUUCAGCAACGCAGCCAAUUUUUCAGUUCGCAUCGCAGCUAUUCAGCAACGCAGCCAAUUUUUCAGUUCGCAUCGCAGCUAUUCAGCAUCGCAGCCCGCUUCGCAUCGCAGCUAUUCAGCAACGCAGCCCGCUUCGCAUCGCAGCUAUUCAGCAACGCAGCCAAUUUUUCAGUUCGCAUCGCAGCUAUUCAGCAUCGCAGCCCGCUUCGCAUCGCAGCUAUUCAGCAACGCAGCCUAUUUUUCAGUUCGCAUCGCAGCUAUUCAGCAACGCAGCCCGCUUCGCAUCGCAGCUAUUCAGCAACGCAGCCAAUUUUUUCAGUUCGCAUCGCAGCUAUUCAGCAUCGCAGCCCGCUUCGCAUCGCAGCUAUUCAGCAACGCAGCCCGCUUCGCAUCGCAGCUAUUCAGCAACGCAGCCAAUUUUUCAGUUCGCAUCGCAGCUAUUCAGCAUCGCAGCCCGCUUCGCAUCGCAGCUAUUCAGCAACGCAGCCUAUUUUUCAGUUCGCAUCGCAGCUAUUCAGCAACGCAGCCCGCUUCGCAUCGCAGCUAUUCAGCAACGCAGCCAAUUUUUCAGUUCGCAUCGCAGCUAUUCAGCAACGCAGCCCGCUUCGCAUCGCAGCUAUUCAGCAACGCAGCCUAUUUUUUCAGUUCGCAUCGCAGCUAUUCAGCAACGCAGCCCGCUUCGCAUCGCAGCUAUUCAGCAACGCAGCCAAUUUUUCAGUUCGCAUCGCAGCUAUUCAGCAACGCAGCCCGCUUCGCAUCGCAGCUAUUCAGCAUCGCAGCCUAUUUUUCAUUUCAGCGCAUCGCAGCCAAUUUUUCAUUUCAGCGCAUCGCAGCCCAUUUUUAAUUUUUUUUUUUCAAAUGAAAAAAUUGUGUGCAAACACGGCGACGAAACAAUGCAGAAAUUGGAGAAAUCCGCGGAAUACACGUGUUUGA